AUGUCCACAUCUUCGUCGAACGCCUCACGGAGCAGCACUCCCAGUGCAAAUGGCUAUAGCCGAGUCGCUAGUCCCCGUGAGCAUGCUACUAUAGAUGUGUGUCGGACUCUUCCAGCUCUAGGCCCAUCGGCAGGGCUCACUCAGGACCUGUCUAACCUAUCUUCGCCUGGUGUAGACCGUCACCAAUCUUCUAAACCUCACGGAGACUUUGCAACUCCGGAAACCCACGUCUUGACCCGAGCCAGGAACCUUCUUGUUGAUUACGGCCAACUUUACGCUGACAAAGAUAUAAGGCCUGAGCUCUUGCUGAAACUGGCGUCCAUGAUGACGGAGCUCGAAGCCCAGCAAUCACUGCAACAAGAAGUUCAGGAACUGAGGGCAGAAAAUGCUGCUUUGCGAAACGAAAAUGCUAACUUCCGGGCAUACUUCACCUCCCGACUGCCAACUAAUGAGCCCAUCAUUAACUCUUCGGCAACUAGUACUGCCCCGGUCUUCCCAAAGCUAUCGUCCGAUACGAGUGGGAAGUCUUGGGAUAGAAUCGUGAUGGAUUUAAUCUGA